AUGACCAUACGCCCCUCAAGCUAUCUAACGGAAAGAAAAGUGGGAGAUGGACAGACAGUUAUAUCCUCCCUAUUUUCAUACAAUCCAAAAAUCGAUCAAUCUGCAGUAAAAUCUGCACCCAACGUCAUCGAAAAGCCAAGCAAUGCGCCCUUGACUGACUCUUCCACCUUUACAGGUCUCGGCAUCGACCCCCUGAUCGCGACCCACCUUUCCACAAAAAUGGAUAUCCAGAAGCCGACGUCUAUCCAGCGUGCAGCGCUUCCUGCAAUCAUCUCUAACUCUGCUUCCAAGGAUGUAUUCAUUCAAUCUCAAACAGGUUCAGGCAAAACGCUCUCGUUUCUGCUACCCAUAAUACAGGAUCUACUCCCCCUCAGCUCGAAUUCGUACAUCGACAGAUCGAUUGGGACGCUUGCAAUAAUUAUCGCGCCCACUCGUGAACUCGCAACUCAAAUAUCUGAUGUUUUGACAAAGCUGUUGACAAUGCGCUUGCGCACGGCGGAGGACACUGACGGGACCGCGCCAGAAUCGACACGGCUUACAAGAUGGCUCGUCUCUGGUUUACUCACGGGAGGCGCGACCCGCGCACACGAAAAAGCAAGGCUGCGUCGGGGUGUGCCUAUCCUCGUCGCAACGCCUGGACGACUACUUGAUCAUUUGCAAAAUACGGUUGCAUUGGAUGUUGGGAAGUGUCGGUGGCUGGUGCUAGACGAGGCAGAUCGACUAAUGGAGCUAGGGUUUGAGGAGACGGUGAAGGGAAUUGUACAGGGGUUGGAUGGAAGGAGGAAGUUGGCGCUGCAAGCUGUGAAGGAUGGGCAAAGUAAAGAGGUGGGCGGGUGGGAUUGGGAGCGGGAGCGGAGAACGAUCCUCUGUUCAGCGACGAUGAAGGAGGAUGUGCAAAAGCUUGCUGGGACGACGCUCAGGACUCCAAUCAUGGUAAGGGCAACCGAGGCUGACAUCCCCUUGCCCACACCGUCCACAGGUGCUACAACGAAGGACUGUCAGCCUAUCGCUGAGAAGUUUACUCCCCCAUCCCAACUCUCCCAAAAGUACAUGGUGGUCCCGCUCAAAUUGCGUCUCGUUACUCUCAUCGCUCUUCUUCGCUCAUUGCUCGCACAAGCCAAUGCCAGACGAGGGUCCAAAAUCAUCGUAUUCCUGAGCUGCACGGACUCUGUUGACUUCCACUGGAAACUUCUCACCGGGUGCAGUAUGGGCGGCGACGAGGCUUCGUUUGAUUCGGCCUCUGACUCAAAUUCCGACUCAGAAUUGGACGUAGGCGAGGAAGGUGAUAGUGACGAUAGCAGUCAGAGUGACGAGAAGGUGCCCGAGGGGCGCAGCAAGCGAAAUGCGCAUGUGGAAGAGAAAAUCGAGGCAAGAUCGCCCUUGCUUCCAGAGACGUCUAUCUUUCGGCUACAUGGUUCGCUCCCCCUUCAAACCCGUCUCGCAUCCCUCCGCGGGUUCUCCGCAGUUCCAUCAGCAUUUCAGACUUCCGUACUUCUGUGUACUUCAGUUGCUUCGCGUGGUCUUGAUCUGCCUCUUGUGCGCGCAGUCGUGCAGUAUGACUUGCCGACCGAGGGAGGAGCGACAGAGUAUGUGCAUCGCGUGGGCCGCACGGCGCGUGCGGGUAAGGGGGGCGAGGCUUGGAGUAUUGUCGCCCCAAGUGAGGCGUCAUGGGUCGAGUGGGUUGAAGGGAGGAUGAAGGGGGCCGACAAGGAGGACGGUAGUAAGGGGAAGGUGAUAAAAUUAGACAGUGUGAAAGUUGAGGAUAUUCUCAAGAGAGGGUUUGGUGGUGCUGGAAUCGAGUUUGAGGAGAGGGCAACUGAGAUCCAGCUUGCGUUCGAGCGAUGGACUCUAGCGGGCAAGACGAACUCUGACCUCGCGAAACGCGCGUUCCAGUCUCACAUGCGCGCAUACGCCACACAUCCCUCUGACGAAAAACACAUCUUCCACAUUAGACACUUGCAUCUGGGUCAUCUCGCCAAAGCCUUCGCACUGCGCGAGGCACCGAGUGCAGUCGCGGCCUCCAAUAACAAGGCUAAAUCCAAGGCGCGCGGCCAAGCUAGAGUGAAGGCAAAGAAGGAGGGUGUCAGAUUCAGGGAUAACGAAGAAGAGGAUGCCGAUGCCGAGGGACGUAUGCGGAAGGCAGUGCGCGCGCAGGGUAGGACAGUCAAGAAGGGAGGUAUGAUGAGGAGCAUGGGUACGGAUGAGUUUCAGCUUGCGUCCGGGUAUGAUUUGGAAAAGCUGGUCAAUCGGACUUGA